UAUAGAUAUAGAUUGUCGCAGAUCCUACCAAAAUCCAAUAUAGCCUACGAACCUACCAAAUGGAUAAAAACCUACCAGUUUUGUUAGGAAAAGCCCAUGUGUGGCAACACUGCUUACUACUCAAACUUUGAAAGUGUGAAUGCAUUUUCUCAGUACGUCCGAAAAUCAGCGAGCUUGGCCGGAUCCCAAGUAGUAGACACGUUUGGCCUUGCAAAUUUUUCUAGCAAACUUCAAACGUUUGCUAAUGGCUACUACAUAUAUCUAGUAAUAUCUUCUGGUGAUAGAAACAUGUGUACGUGUCUAAGUCAUUUGUGUUCGCACCAUCUAAGAUGUUGAAAUGCAAAUCUUUCUUCAGGCAAAAUAAUAACGUCUGUGACACAGCAAAGCAAAUGGGACCGCGUGCGAAUAAGCAUUGAUAUCGGAUUGCAUGCACAAUCAGUGUAUGUAAUUCAACUACUCGAGUCAACACUUCCGAUCGCACAUCUUCGCGCUACGUGCUACGUUAAGAAAAUCAUCAGUGACAACGCUGCGCAUACAACUGGUGAUAUCAGUUACCGAUAAGGGCACACAGCUUAAAGAAUAAAAAUCAAUAUGUGUUUGGCAUAAAAGCACUAAACCGCGGCUGCUAACGACUAGAAGACAACACUUGCCUAACAACGCGGACAGGCAGACAGACGGCACGGCGGACAGUUUAUGUGCUGAGUAGAUUUUUUUUUAAUUUUUCGCCGGCGCUUUUUUGACUUUAUAAUGCAACAAAAAGGAAUUUAUUUACAUUUCCUCUGCCUGUUUAGCGCAUUUGUGUUUUUUACGUCUAGCAAGAUCAACGCUAGCGAUACAAAGGACACGAAGGACUUAGAACAACAGCAACCGACGGUUGAGGCUAUACAGCAGCGAAAUUUUGAAUUGUUGCAAGACACGUUGCCGCUCGGUUGGAAGGCCUUCUGCGAAGCCCCCGUUGACGAAUCGGUUAUGCUGCUACACAGCGGCAUAAAUCCCUGCGAUGCCAGCAUCCACGUAAUGACGCUGACUAAUCAAAGCGUACAGCUGCCCAUUAAAGCCAUUUCGGAAAUACGCGACUACGAUAUCAAUCCCAAACGUAAGACGCUCAUCUACGUGAAUGCCUACUACACCGCUGACACCUAUUUCAGCGUGCAAGCGCAUCUGAAGCUGCUACAAAUGACACGUCGCGAUCUGAAUAUUAUUAUCGUAGACUUUGCCAGCGAUGUGCUACAGCUGUACUACACGGUGCGGCAUCACGUUGCCGUACAGGGCCACUUUGUGGCGAAAAUACUCAGUGCAUUGACGCAGCAUGGCAUCGCUGCGGAGGACAUCACCUUGGCCGGUCAUUCAGUGGGCGCUAACAUAGCCGCNUACGCUGCGAACAUCUACGCUAGCCAAGCGUCAACCGCCGGUAUGCGUAUGGGACAAUUAGUGGCCAUUGAUCCGGCGCUGAUGUGUCAAUCGUCCGACAUGCACGUGCAUGCGAAUGUUAGCACGCGCGUAAUAGUCAUACAUGGCGAGGGCGAUGUGUUUGGCGUGCGUGAGCGACGUGGCACGAUCGAUAUCUAUCCGAAUGGUAUAGGUUACUUUACGCGUCGUAAACUGCAACCAGGUUGUACCACGAAAAGUUGCAGCCAUAUGUACGCGUUCGUUUUGUUUAUGGAAGCGCUGGUCGAGGGUGUUAUGAUACCGGCAGUGAAGUGUGAUAGCUGGUCACAUUUCCGUAAACGGCAAUGCGAUUUCAACGAUGCGGUGGCGAUCGGUUUGAAAUAUCCCGACAAGGCUCGAGGCGUGUACUUUUGCUUAACGCAACCAAAUCCGCCAUUUACUUUCAUGGAAUACGGCAUAAAGUAUCAGCGCAGGAUGGUUUCGGCAGUUGAUACAAAUUCAGUGUAGCAAAUGGGUUGAUAGUAUAAGUGAGAGCAUAAGACUUGAAAUUAAAUAAAAACAGAGAGGAAGGCAUAGUAGAAGCCUGAUUAUGGCAACUUAACUUAACUUCACUUAACGGAACUUAGAAUUUAGAAAAUCAAAAUGAAACAGAUUUCGGCGUGGCAUUAGGUUACGUUAAGUUUUGGCUGUUC